AUGGCUCAGAACAGCGUCAAUUCGACACAACCGUCUCCUUUCAUCUUGGUGGAUGGUGUCCCCAACGUGCGCGAUGUUGGAGGUCAUGCAUGCCAUCCUCCCACAGUGCCUUCCGUGACCCAGAACACGAACGAGUCCUCAAUCACAGAGUGGCGCAUUCGAUCAGGCCUCCUAUUCCGUGCCGCACAGCCGUCUCAAAUCACCCCACCUGGAGUGGAGACACUGACCAACAAACUUCAUGUUGAAGCUGUGUUCGAUUUUCGCUCAAAUCAAGAGAUCGAGCUCCUUGUCACCCGUUCUCCUGACUCCCUUCUCGACAUCCCAGGUACGACUCGCUACGCGGUCCCGGUCUUUCCAAAGAGAGACUCCUCUCCGGGUGCACUAGCACAACGAUAUGGAAUCACCGGGGAAGGCGUAAACGAAGAAGCCAUAUACAAAGGCUUUUCCCAAGCCUACGAAGGUAUUGCACGCAGCGCAGCGGAAACGAAUAGUUUCCGCUCGAUUAUGCUUCAUAUCCUGAACAAUCCAGACACUCCGAUCCUGUUCCAUUGCACAGCGGGGAAAGAUCGGACCGGUGUAUUUGCUGCAUUGCUUCUCAAGCUAUGUGGAGUGGCAGAUGAAGUCAUUGUAGCUGAUUAUGCACUUACAAAGGAGGGUUUGGGAGCCUGGGGAGAAUAUUUGGUUAAGCGAAUUUUGGAGAAAGGCGAGGUUUCGACUCGUGAACAGGCGGAAGCUCUCAUGGGCAGUCAUCCUGGGUGUAUGAGAGCGUUUUUGAAUGAGGUCGUGGAGACUAAGUUUGGAGGCGCGCGAAAAUACUUUGUUGAGCUCUGUGGGCUGCAGGAGGAGGAACUUGAUCGGAUUAUCACUAUUGUUACCGUUCCGGCUACAACUGCGGAAUAG